AGAAAGAAUCGAAUAACACGUUUUGCAUUGAAAUAUCCCACUCAACCUUUACCUUUUAAUUUUCUGUUUCACACAAACCCCAUCAACGCAUUCUCUUCACAUCUCGUCUCGUCCUUCGUACUCUUCACGCUUUACAUUUCUCUCGCAAAUUCGAUGGCAACCGACACAGACAAACUCGACGCUGGCAACACCGCCACCACCACCGCCGCACCGUCCUCAGGCGAGAAAAACCCUAAAAAAACCGGGGACACCACAGAUCGUGCUCAAAAUCCUCCCGCCGCGCCAUCGGUCUCCACUGUGACCGUCCGGGUUAAGAAGAACGGUGAGGAAUCCAAGACAACAAUCGUCGCUUCCGUGUCUCCGGUAUCCGGGGAUGUAGCUACGGUCACCGACACUCAGAAAAAGAUCCGCCGAGCCGAGCGUUUCGGUAUGUCUGUUCAGUUGUCUGAGCAAGAAAAGCGUAAUUCUCGAGCAGAAAGGUUUGGAACUGCAACCAAGACCAGUGCUUCAGAAGCAUCAAAGACAUCUGAGGAGUUGAAGAGAAAGGCUAGAGCAGAGAGGUUUGGGCUUCCUGUGCCAACUUUGGCUAGUGACGAGGAGGAAAAAAGGAAAGCUCGGCUUGCCAGAUUUUCUCCAUAUUCCAAACCAGACUCUCUGGAGGAAGAUAAAAGAAAAGCAAGGGCACUUCGUUUUUCGGGAACUCCAUCUAGUUCACUGCCACAAGUAAAUGGUCAGAGGGAUAGUGAACCAAAGGCAGCUAUUGCUGGCAAUGCUGAUGGAGGGGCCUAAAAAAUCUCUUACAAAUUUGCAUGUUAGGGUCUAGGUUACUAACUUCCAGUGAUACCCUCAGUGGCUUUGUACCUAUCUCUACUUCCUAGUUGCAUUACUACAUUGAUAAGUUUAUGCAGGGCAUUUACACAAGAUUUUGUGUUAGUUUCUCCCAUAUAAGUCAGCUAGAAUAUCAGUUUACCUUCUGAGGCCUAGAGUAAUCAUCAUCUACCUCUACUAUUUACUUAUCUUAAAAUCUGCUGAGAAUAUCAGAAAUUCUGAAGUACCGACUUGGGACUUUCCUCUUUUUUUCAUUAUUCUCUUCUUUUUUUUUUUAAAAAAAAAAAGGUGUGUAAUUUGAGGAAAUUACCUAGAGACUAGUUGGCCCAGUUUGGCAGCCUUCUUUUGAUACAUGUUUGACAUGGGCAAUCUCUAAUAUCCUUGUGAAGUGGGUUUUUGGUAGCGUGUGUGAAUCUGGCAUAGGAAGUGAUAUUAUGGGCUUGACAUCUUUUGAUCCUAUGAUAGGAGGUUCUAAAUUUACUAUUUUGCUUUAUAAGUUGCUGGGAACCAUGUAUUUGUUUUUCUCAACUGAAUCAAAGAAUGGAAGCUUUUAUCAUGUAAGAUUGGUUUUGACUGACUGACUUGGCAUGCAAUUUAAUUUCGUUUGGUCAUUGCUCAUAGACUUAUUGUUGGUGAGUGUUCUGAAAAAUAGGAUCUAGGGUCAAUGUUUGAUACUAAUAAUUUGUGUUAACAAGUAUAGUCGUUAUUUCUAGAACAGUAAUAUGUUUUAAGAGAGGUUUUGAUACUGAAGUUUCUGUGGUGUGCUUUUGUUUUAUCUUUUUAGCUGUAGUGUAUCGAUUAGGUUUUUGCUGUUCUAUAUAUUACUUUAAAGGAAAGCUUCUAUCAAAAUCCUUCUAUGAUGAAAGAUAUAAAGGGUGGAAUGGUGAGUCUUGUCUUGUGGUCCCAUGUCAUGCACUUACUAGUGCUAAUCAUGGCUGAAUGGUGUAUUGGUUUGAGCUGCUGUGUUCUAUGUUUUGAUGCCACAUUAUCAGGGAAAUUGCUGUUGUGUUGGAGUAGGGGAGAAUAAAAGGCAUAUCUACUAAUUACUGUUUACUAUUAAUUUAACAUGAGAGGUGUGUAAUGGGGUUCAAUUGAUUCGAAGGAAGGCUGCCAUAUGAAAAACCUUGUAGGAAUGUAGUUAUUGAAAUGUGUUAAAUACUUUUCAUUUUCUUGGUCUACCUUCUUAAAAAAAUAAACUAAAAAAUUUCUUGUUUGGUUUCUGAGGUGGAAAUAACAUGCUUGUCCGGUACUUCAGAAUUCUGAUUUUUCUUUCAUGUUUUAAGACAAGUAAAUACUUGGGAGGUCCUUGCUGAUUUUCUUUGGUUUCACAUGGAGAAUUGACCGAUCUGCAAGGGAGGAUGCUGGGAGAGGAUUCCAUCAAUGAUAGCUGGCUUUUGUUUUGUUUGGUAGUGUAAGCUCUUGUAUUCUUUUUUCAUUUGUCGAUUUUAUUGUGAUGUAUAUGGACAUCCAGCUUGUAUGGAUGUUCAUGAUGUCUUUAUUUGGAUAUUAGGGAACUGCUCUGAGGGAAUCUACUGUUUAUUUUUAUACA